UACUGCUCAGCUUUAUAUAUAAGGCUAAGAAGACAAACUGAAACAUCUAAAAUGAAACUGGAGUCUGUAGCAGAAAAAAAGUUAGAUACAGAAUGUGGUUUCUUAAAAUGUCAUCAUGCAAAUCUUCGUAAUUCAAUUAGUGAUGAACAGCUACAAGAACUGUCAACACUUCAAACUGAUGAAGACAGAUUUUUGUUUGUCUAUAAAUUGCCUGUUGUUCAUGAAUAUGAGGUAAAGGGUUCCAGUUCUGAAAAGAAUGAAAGAGAAGCAGAACAACUGAAAGAAGAAGGAAACAAAGCAUUCCAAAAUGGAAACUACCAAAGUGCAAUGCAGAGUUAUACCAAGAGCAUUCUGAAAACACCAUGGGCUAUAGAUGGGGAUUCUCCUAAUGCAAAUUCAACCCGGCAGCUUUCUAUAACAGUGGCCAAUCGUUCCGCUACAUUCUACCACUUGGAGAAAUAUAAACUGGCAAUGCAAGAUAUUGACCUUGUUUUGUCACUUGAUUAUCCACAAGAACUUCGCUACAAAGUUCUUGACAGGAAAGCUCGAUGUCUUCUAGCAACAAAACAGCUGAAAGAUGCACUUGAAGCAUUCAGGGGUACCCUUAAAGCACUGGACUCAGCCAAGUUACCAGUGGAAAGGAAACGAAAAUGGCAAAUGGAUGUGCAAAUCAUGCUUGCAAUGCUAGCCAAGAACAAGGUCCUUGUUAAUGAGCCUAGGAUACUUCCAGAGGAUGCAAUUUUACCGUCUGUGACUGGACAGCAGAAUUCACGUUAUGUGUCAGCAAGUUCUGCAGUAAAUAUCGAAGAGACCAAAGACACAGGACGAUUUGCAGUGGCGGGGAAAGAUGUGAAAGUAGGGGACACACUAGUGGUUGAACCAGCAUUUGUUGCAGUCCUGUUAGCUGAACAUGCUGGCACACACUGCUUCCACUGCUUCAGAGGGUUGGAAGCUGCUGUCCCAUGCAAUCAAUGCAGCAGAGUGGCAUUCUGCAGUGUUGCAUGCCAGACAGAGGCCCUUAAAACUCAUCAUGUGGUUGAGUGUCCUAUACUUGAAACCCUCUGGUCCUCAGGAGCCUCCAUUAUAUGCCUCAUGGCUCUACGAAUGUUAUCGCAGCGGGGAAUAAAGUAUUUCCUUGACAUGAAAGGCAUUUUGAGAAAGGGCUGUAAUGUUGUAAACAGUUCUGAGAAAUAUCACCCUACAGACUACAGAACAGUCUACAAUCUUGUGGACCAUUCAGGAACACGAACAGCGCAAGAUUUCUUAUAUAGAACAGAUACAGCUGUUUUACUAUUCAAAUGUCUCAGAGUGGCAGGGUUUUUCAACAUACAAUCCAAAGAAUCAGAACACAAGCUAACACCUGAAGAAUUGUUUGUGGGAGAAUUACUGCUACAUCACCUCCAGCUAUUACAAUUCAAUGCUCAUGAGAUUUCUGAACUACAGCUGGAAGCACCAAGGAAUCUUAAUUCAGCUCGUUCUGUAUUCCUAGGCGGAGGACUGUUUCCAACCCUAGCUCUGUUCAACCACUCAUGCGACCCAGGAAUAACAAGAUAUUUCCAAGGAACUUCAGUUAUAGUUCAUGCCAUUAAAAACAUACACUGUGGAGAGAUGAUUGCUGAAAACUAUGGGCAGAUAUUCACCCAGACUCCUCAAACAGAGAGGCAAGCAACUUUGAAGUCACAAUAUCGAUUUGAUUGCAUAUGUGUUCCUUGCAAUGAAGAUUGGCCCACAUUCAACAACAUGCACCAGGGAUUUAUGAGAUUUCGAUGUGAAACAGGCUCAGGUGGUACAGUACCAAAAUGCAACAAUGUGAUUAUUGUACCAACAGAUACUUCAGACUUCAUGAUCCAGUGUCCUCUCUGCAAACAAUACACAAAUAUACUUAAAGGACUGAAAGUACUGCAGGAUACAGAUGCAAUGUUCAAAACUGCAACACGACUGAUGGAAGAGGGUGAAGUGAGACAAGCCCUGGAUAAAUACAUCGAGAUCUUGCUUCUUCUUGAUAAUACACUGGCUCCACCAUUCAAAGAUUUCCACUUGUGCCAGCAAGCUAUCCGUCGCUGCAUGCUCAGUUUUGGUAAUAAAUCAGUUAUGUCAGAGAAAGUCACAAAGUGAAUAAUGUUAAAGAUAAAUGAUCAAAAUCGUUGAUGUUUUUUGAAUAUUCUCCAAACUAUGAAAAGAAAAUUCCUUAAUAUUUUAAGAUGAGAAAAGUAUUAAAUAUUUUGUGAUUAGUCACUGCAAAAUAAUUAAUGAUUAUAUUUCAUCUUAUCAAGAGCUGUUUACUAAAAGCAAUGGUUGAAAAGAAACAAUCAGCACAAGUCUACCUGCUGUGCAGUUAAAUCUAGGUUUAUAUCUGUAAUGUUAUAUUACAAAAUAAAUUGCAUACUAAUGUCAACAGCCAAAUAAAGAUUAUGCACUAUGGUAAA